AAGUGUAACAAUCGAAUUCGCAAAAUGUAAAUUGCAAAGCGUCGAUCGAAGUUUUUUGAACAAAUCCAGAAAUCGGAAACCAGCUCAGACACACACACACACACACACACACACAUACACAUAGUAACACUCACUUACAGAGGUGUAGGUCGGGCUUUUGUUUUAUUUGUAUGUGUUUCAAUGAAUAUUUCGCAUGGAAAUUGUUGCAAAUUGUUGACUAUGGUUGGCCAAAAUGAUGCGGCAACAGCAACAACAACAGCAGCAGCACAGCAGCAACAGCAGUUGCUAGAAGAGUUACCGCUUCUGCAGCAGCACAAAGAGCAGCAACAGCAGCAACAUCCGAAUCUCAAUCAGAAUCUCGAGAGGCAACAGAAUCAGCAACAGCAGCAACAGUUGCUGGAGCAGCAACAGUUGCUGGAGCAGCAACAUACACUGAAGCAGCAACAGGCGCUACAACAGCAGCAGCUGUUGAAGCAGCAACAGCAGCAACAACAACAGUUGCUGUUACAGCAGCAACAGCAGCAGCCGCGACGCUUUAGCUUUAGCUUCAAUGUUAAGAUUGCUGUGAAUGUCAACACGAAAAUGUUGGCAAAUCAGGAGCGAGCCAAGCAGGAGCUAGAGCAUCAGCAACACCAGCAACAGCAGCAACAGCAACAACAGCAACAGCAACAGCUGCAGCAGCAACAACUCAAGCAACAAGAAUUGCUACGAUCUCGUUCCCAUGGCAAUUGCUAUGGGCAAAGCCUGUUGCAGCUAAUCCGCGGCAGCUUCUCGUGCAGCCGCAACGGCAACAUCGCCACCAUGUUGCUGGGGCACCUGCUUGUGCUGCUGCUGUUGCUCUCGCUAUGCUGCACCGUUUGCUGUCGCUCGCAGCAACAGUUCGGCUUCACGCCAGCAACACCGACCACGGCAGCAACAGUUGCUGUGAUACCACUCGCCCAGGCGAACAUGCGACCCACCCUGGACAGCGAUGUGGUUGAGAAGGUCGCCGUCUGGGCCAAGCACUUGGGCGCCUCACCACCCAGCGUCGCUGAGGGCAUUGUCAUCAGCAGCGUUGUUCGAGCGCCAGUUCACACGGAGACGCGCGAGCAGCAACAGCAGCAGCAGCGACAGCAGCAGCAGCAGCAACAGCAGCAGCAGCAGCAACAGCAACAGCAGCAUGAGAGCAAUGCAGGCAUCGAUGAGCGAAUCGUUCUGGAACACGUUACCCGCGACUGCGUUCAGCGUUGCAUUGUAGAGGAGGAUCUAUUUCUUGACGAAUUUGGCAUUAAGUGCGAUAAGGCCGACAACAGCGACAAGUGCUACAAAACUCGCUGCACCAAGGGCUGUGCGCAAUGGUAUCGAGCACUCAAGGACAUCGAGCCCUGCCAGGAGGCCUGCGCCUCCACGCAGUUCUAUCCCUACGAUUUGCCCUGCAUUGGCGCCUGCGAGACGUCACAGCGGGACUAUUGGCAUCUGCAGCGCUUGGCCAUGGCCAAGCUGGUUGAGUCGACGCAGCCGCAGCUGCUGGAGCCAUCGAGCGACUCGGGCGCUUUGACCAUCAAGUGGAGCAUUCAGUUUCCGGAGAACUUCUUGGCCAGUCGGCCCUUCAACAUACAAUAUCAGCAAUUGGAUCAGCUGACGGAGCUGGCCUGGCAUAAUCUGGCCGACUACGACUGCGAUGAGUACUACGUGUGUGAGAUACUCGAGGCGCUAAUUCCCUACUCGCGCUACAGGUUUCGCUUUGAGCUGCCUUUUGGCGAGGGCAGUUCGGAUGUUCUCUACUCGCCAGCCACGCCCAUCUAUGAAACGCCCAUCGAAGGAGCACCCAUCUCGGCGCCAAGCAUUGAAUCGGUGCUGGCGCUGGACGAGCAUCACGUGGCCCUUCACUGGCGUCCCGGCCGCUACAGCAAUGCCCCGCUCGAGGGCUACAAGCUGCAGCUGAGUGGCGGCAGCAACGACAGUCGCGAGCAGCUGCUGCCCGCUCAGCGCACGAGCUGCAUCCUCGGCCAGCUGCAGCCGCUGACCAACUACUCGCUGUCGCUGAGCAUGAUCAACAAACAGGGCCAGGGACCCUCGGCCGUGGCUGCGAUUCAGACGAAGCCACCGCUGGAGCCGCAGCAGCUGCUGAGUGUGCUGCUGGCCAGCAGGCGGCAAGUCGUCUGGCAAUCCCUUGAGCCGGCGGGUGAGACGCGCGUCGUCUACCGCUCCAACCAGCAGACGAACAUCAGCGACUUGGCCUGGUCGCAGCGCGAACAGCGACUCUGGCUACUCGACUCGCUAGGACAGCUGCACAGUCAAUUACUGGAUGAGCCGGCGACUAGCUCGGCGCGAGCCUUGCACCUGCAGCUGCCCGGCAAUUGGACAGCGCGAAAGGUGAGCCUGGACUGGCUGCGGCAGCGACUGUACUUGGCAGCGGAGGCAGGAGACGGUGCGGAGUACGAACUGUUUAGCUGCUCGACGGAAGGAGACGACGUGCAGCAGUUGAACGCACAGCUGGGCGAGACGGUGCAGCAGCUGGAGGUGGAUGCACUGAAUGGCUGGCUCUUCUGGUCGGACGGGGAGUCGCUGCAUCGCCUGGACUUGAGCAGCAAGGCUAAGGUGCGAGUGGUCCCGGCCCAAACGAGGCUGGGCAACUUUGUGCUGGAGCCGCAGCGUUGGCUGCUUCACGUGCUGCUCCUAGAGGAGCAGCAGCUGCUGGAGCUGAGCUACGACGGCAGCUACAAGCAGCUGAGGCCGCUGAGGGACGAGAACUGGCUGAGCUUCGCGCUGAGCGUCGAUCAGAAGCAGCUGCUGCUGAUCAACGACAGCAAACUGGAGAUGCAGAGCAAGACCAGCAGCUGGACGAUGCAGCGCGACGAGCAGGAGCUGCUGCAGGAGGCAAUCUUCGAGACCGUGGCCCUGGAGCGACGUCGCCAGCCCCUGGCCCUGGAGCCGGCCCAGCCGCAGCAGCUGCGCGCCAUGCUCGGCGCUCAGGCGGCCAAGAUCAGCUGGCAGCCACCGGCCCUCAACCCCUACCAGACCUUGUCCGUGGCCAACUUCAGCUACGAGCUCGAGGUGCUCGACGUGGGUAGCCAGAGCGCGUACAACAUACGGAAUAUCCGGCAGCUGAGCUUCGGCCUGGAGCGCCUGCAGCCGAACAAUCUCUACCAGCUGCGCGUGCGGGCCAUCAACCAGGCCGGCUGGGCGGGCGAGUGGACACAGCAGAUCGCGACGCGCAGCUGGCCCCUGGGCGAGCACCGCCUGCGCUGGGCCACGCGCCAGGGCCGGCUCUACAUGAGCAACGAGCUGGGCGAGCAGCUGAAGGCUUUGCCCGCCAAGCUCGCCCCUGCGCCCAGUCCCCUCGUCCUGGUCAACGAGAGCGUGGCCUACUACGUCAGCGAGCAGACCCUGUACUGCGUGCACCGGCUGGAGCCCCAGCUGAGCUGCGGCUCCCUGAACCGCCUGCAGCAGGUCAGCUCCGUGGCCUACGACUGGCGUGGCGGCAUGCUCUACUGGACGGACCUGGCGCGCAACAUGGUGCAGCGCAUGGACCCGCUGACGGGCGAGCGGGAGCUGCUGCCCGUCUUUGGGGCUAGGCAGCUGGCCCUGGAUGCGGAGCACGGCCAGCUGUACUACUCGAGCGAGGCGCACUUGGCCAGUCGCACGCUGAACACCCAGCAGGAGCUGGAGUUCUACCACGUCAACGGCCUCACCGGACGCAUCCGCAACUUCUGCCUGGACCUGCAGCACCGUUAUCUCUACUGGCUGGUCGAGGGCUCCAGCUCCGGCUCCGGUUCCGGUUCCGGUUCCGGCUCGAGCUCUCAGCUGUUGGUCUAUCGCAGCGCGCUGUCCAUGGACCGCAGCCUGGAGCUGCUGACGACGCUGAGCUCGAUCGACGCCCUGCCCCACACGCUGCAGCACUUCCAGCCCUUGAACGCCCUGGCCUGGAUCGCCGCCGACGGCAGCGCGGCGCACCUGCUGCGCUUGGACGAGAGCUCGAGGGGCACGCAGCCGCUGCAGCCGCUCGGCCUGCGUCUCAAUGCAUCGCUGACUGCGCUGCAGCUGCUGAGCGACAAGGCGCACCCCAGCCCGGACCAGAGCGUGCGCCCGCUGCCCGUGGCCGCGGAGAGCGUGCGCAUCGAGCCGGGCGGGCACUGGAACGACUUCCGGCUGCGCUGGCAGCCCACGCACACGGCCGGCAACCACAGCAUCAGCUACAAGCUGCUGCUGGAGCAGGGCGGCGAGCGGGUGCUCAGCCUGGAGCUGGCCACGGCCUUCGCGCGCAUCACGCAGCUCUCGCAGGCCAUGCUGCCGCUGAGGGUCAGCCUGACGCCGCACUCGGCCUGGCGCGCUGGACCCACCACUCGGCUGACGCUGGCGACGCCCUUGGCCGCGCCCACGCAGCCCCGCAGGCUGCGCGUCUUUGUGGAGCGGCGCGCCCAGGCGCUGCAGACUGGCGUCAACAUCAGCGCGCUGCUGCGCUGGGACGUGCCCGAGGAGGAGCAGCAGACGACGCUGCAGUACCGCAUCAGCUGCUGGCACGGCGCCGACCUCCACGCCGAGCUGCUGCUCAACCAGACGCAGCUGGAGGCGCGCAUUGGCCAGCUGCAGCCGGACGAGACGUACCGCUUCCAGGUGCAGGCCCAGCAGUCGACAGCGGCCACAAGCCACACGCUGCACAUUGCGCCGGAGCUGCAGGCGGUGCCCCGGCUGCUCUACGCCAAUGCUGAGCACAUCGGGGAGUUCGACUUGGACCUGGCCAGACGCCAGCAGCUGGUCUACACGGCGAACCCCGUCGAGCACCUGGUCACCAUCGAGGGCGAGCGGCGCCUGCUCUGGGUGAACGAGCACGUGGAGCUGCUCAGCCACGUGCCGGGCCAGGUCCCAGCCAAGCUGGCCCGCAUGCGCGCCGAGGUGCUCGCCCUGACCGUCGACUGGGUGCAGCGCGUCGUCUACUGGGCCGAGCUGGACCAGCUGUCGGCGGUCGACCGGCUGCCCGCUGCCUGCAUCUACCGGCUCGACCUGUGCCGCUUCGAGGCGCGCAUUUUGCCGGGCGAAAGGCUGUGGUGCACGCCGCGCGGGGAGCUCCUGCGGGACCUGAUGGCGCUGCCCCAUGCGCGCGCUCUCAUCUGGCUGCAGCACUCGCUGAACGAGCGCAACGGCACCUUGAGGGGUCGCAGCCUAGCCAACGAGACGGACCUGCAUUUCCAGGGCCUCACGCAGUCGCUGUGGCGCCUCUUCGAGGGCAGCCAGCAGCCGUCGGAGGAGACCGUCAACCUGGUCGACGAUUUGGGCAGGCUGUGCAUCUACCACAUCCAUCGCCAGCUCUGCACGCCCAGCUCCCUGAGCGCCCAGCUCAACCUGCUGAACGAGAACAUCCUGCAGCUGGCCCAGGACUCUGGCUAUCUCUACGCCCUGCGCAAUGGCAGUCUGCGCGCCUUCGGCCGACGGCGCCAGCAGCUGGAGUACCUGCUGCCCUUGAGCUUUGAUGAGGUGCGCCUGCUGCGUUCCUACAACUACCAGGCCUACCCCGACCGGCACUGCCUGCUGCUGCCCGCCUCCUGGAGCGGCCAGCACGAGCUCUUGGCCUCCAGCUGCGACGAAACCAAUUGCACCCUGCAGCUGCCCCACCUCACAGCUGCCCCGGACUGCCGCCUGCCCAUACCCGGACUGGGCUACCAGCUCAACUUGACGGCGAGCCAGAGCAACUCCAGUGAGCUGCGUUCGUUCAAGGGCUUCGCCGGCCAAUCACUGAGCAUUGCCGGCCUGAAGCCCUUCCACAGCUACGAGCUGGGCGUGUCGUUGAGCAGCUACUACCAGACCGUCUUGAAGCUCGAGCCGCUGCUGGUGCUGCCGAAGCUGCGGCUGCGCACUGCGCCCGCCACGCCGACGGCCCCUCGGAACUUCAGCGCCAGGGCCUUGAGUCCCAAUGAGCUGGAAGUGAGCUGGCUGGCGCCACUGCAGCUGCGCAGCGAGAGCGUCUACUACACGCUGCACUGGCAGCUGAUAGAGGAGGAGCACCAGGAGGAUGAGCAAGCGGGAGAUGUGUGGGGCAGCCUUGAGGAGGACAAGGACAAGGACAAGGACAAGGACAAGGAUAUGGGAAAUCAGGCAGGGAGCAAUCAACAGACUGACGAAGCAGUACAUCAGCAAGGCAAGAAAGCAAAGGCUCAAUCAGUGACUCCCGCGGCAGUGGAUGAAGCAAACGAGCAAACAGGCAAGGACACAGAUCAAUCGUUGGUCAAUCAGGGGGAACAAUCAUUCAUCAAUGCAGACGCGGGUGAGGCAGAUACUGAUCGGAAUCAGACGGCGAUCAACCCACCGCAGCAGCUGCGCCUGGAGCAAGCUGGUGUGCAGCGAUUGACCCAGCUUCAGCCUGGCCGCCUCUACCAGCUCUGGCUGCACGCCCAUGCCACGCCCACGAAGUUCAACGGCACCAAACCCAUAUUGAUUCGCAGCUACCAGAAGCUGCCGCCCUUGCAGCUAGUCGAGCUGAGCGCCUACUCCCUGACUCUGGCCUGGGCGGGCACCAGCGACGCCAUCAGCUCGCUGAUCCUCGAGUGCCAGUCGCUGAACAGCGAGCAGCUGAAGUUCAACGUAAUCGCCAACUACACCUUGAUGAAGCUGUCGUCGCUGCAGCCCAAGACGCGCUACUCCUGCCGCCUCGCCAUAAGCUAUGCCAGCACGCCAGCCGGCUCGGUUUACUAUACGGCAAGCCAGGUGUUCGAGACGCUGAGCGAUGCGCCCAGUGCGCCAGGACGACCGCAGCUGGAGCACAUAGCGGGGGAAGUGUUCCGGGUCAGCUGGGCGCCCGCCUCCGAGAAUGGUUUACCCAUAAUGCUCUACAAUCUGGAGGCGCUGCAGGCGCGUCGUCCAAGUCGUCGUCGGAGACGGCGCGAGACCUCCCUCGCCACGCUGCCAUGGGCAGAGGAGCCGCAGGUCAUCGAGGAUCAGUGGCUGGACCUCUGCAACACCACCGAGCUGAGCUGCAUUGUGCGCGACCUGCACUCGCGUCGCCUUCUACUGUUCCGCGUCAGGGCCAGGAACCGCCUCCAUGGCUGGGGACCCUUCAGCGAGGACAGCGAACGCAUUGCGGAGCCCUUCGUCUCGCCCGAGAAGCGCGGCUCGCUGGUCCUGGCCAUCAUUGCUCCAGCGGCCAUUGUGUCCAGCUGUGUGCUGGCCCUUGUGCUCGUGCGCAAAGUACAAAAACGUCGCCAGCGAGCCAAAAAGCUGCUCCAGCAGAGCCGCCCCAGCAUUUGGAGCAACUUGUCGACGCUGCAGACGCAGCAGCAGCUGAUGGCAGCGCGCAAUCGCACGUUCUCGAUGACGCUGAGCGACGCGGACAUUGCGCUGCUGCCGCAGAUCAGCUGGAGUCGACUGACGCUGCUGCGCUUUCUGGGCAGCGGCGCCUUUGGCGAGGUGUACGAGGGCCAGCUGCAGGGCGAAGACGAGGCGCAGCCGCAGCGUGUGGCCAUCAAGAGUCUGCGCAAGGGCGCCAGCGAGUUUGCAGAGCUGCUGCAGGAGGCGCAGCUGAUGAGCAACUUCAAGCACGAGAAUAUCGUUUGCCUGAUUGGCAUCUGCUUCGACAGCGAUACCAUUUCGCUGAUCAUGGAGCACAUGGAGGCGGGAGAUCUGCUCAGCUACUUGCGUGCGGCUCGGCCCAAUUCACAGGAAUCGCCGAAGCGCAAAUUAGAGUUUGAGGAUCUGCUGAACAUGUGCCUGGACGUGGCCAAUGGCUGCAGCUAUCUGGAGGACAUGCACUUCGUGCAUCGCGACCUCGCUUGCCGCAAUUGCCUGGUGUCCGAUGGGGCAGCGAUUGGCGGGCGACGCAUCGUGAAAAUUGGGGAUUUCGGGCUGGCACGCGACAUCUACAAGAGCGACUACUACCGCAAGGAGGGCGAGGGCCUGCUGCCCGUGCGCUGGAUGGCACUCGAGAGUCUCGUCGACGGCCUCUUCAGCACCCAGUCGGACGUGUGGGCGUUCGGUGUGCUCUGCUGGGAGAUACUCACGCUCGGCCAGCAGCCGUAUGCGGCGCGCAACAAUUUCGAGGUGCUCGCCCACGUCAAGGAGGGCGGCCGACUGCAGCAGCCGGAGCAAUGUCCCGACAAACUUUACGCGCUGCUCCUGCAAUGCUGGCGCUCAGAGCCCUGGGAGCGGCCCAGCUUCAGGCGCUGUCACAGCGUGCUGCAGACGCUCAGCAUGGAUAUGCCCAUCAUGGAGCUGGACGCGCAGGCUUUGUUGCACAGUUGCAAUGGCAAGCCAGAGGCCAAGGUGCGCUUCGACGAUGCGCCCGAGCGCCUCUCGCUGCAGAUGGACACCAAGGAUACGCAGGCACAUGUCAGCAUACACACUCAGACGCCCACACACACCCCCACAGCCACGCGGGCGCACACACACGCACUUCCGCACACACAGACAGCAGAGAGUGGACAGCUGUAUGCGAAUGAAAGCGUCUCGCGGCUCUGAAAUGCGGCUCAAUCGCGCCUCGAAUUGAUUGAGCAUUUGCUUUGGCGUGUGCACUCAGCCAUGCCACGCCCACUUGCCAAAAACAAUAUACAGCCCGCCCACAUGCCGGGGCUGCGAUAGGCAAUUAAGUUUCUUUUUUUUUUUCUGUACUGAAAAAUUAGCCAAAACGAAACAAAUGUUUUUAUUUUUUUUUUGUGUCUAGUGUAUAACAUAUGCAUAUACAUACAUAUAUCUAUUUUUUUUAGUAGUUUACACAUAUGACAUAUUUUACGGUAUUCUGUAACGAUUUCGCAAUAAAUAUUAUAUACGAAAUACA